AUGCUCAACAACGUCGAUUUGAACUCUCAGGAUUCUUUCUACCCCCAGUUUGACACCUGUAACGACUCAGCCAUCGGAAUGAUGGACACUAAGGAGCAUCAGGAUGUCUUUCUGGAUGCUGAGCGCACAGCUCCUCCUUUUGCACACGAUACAACAGUCACUCCCAAAACGGAGCCCACCAGUGCGGAUCAAUACUCCUCCUGUCACGGCCCUAAGGGAAGCUACGACGCCUCGCUGUCCUACUCGGGCAGUUUCUACGUGGAGGCGUGUCAGGGCGCCCCCUGCAGCGCGGAAACGCUGCUCAACAUGAUCACCGAGAUCGUGGGCAUCUCCGCGGGCCCACUUCCAGAGGCGCAGCAGCAACAACAGCAUCAGCAGCAACAACAGCAUCAGCAACAACAACAACAACAAAGCGACACCAGUGCACCACAAGAACCUCCAUCCUCUGAGCCUGGGAGCUUCCCUGUGGUCGUGAAAAGUGAGUUUGAGAACAGUGGAGGCUGUUAUUACGAGUGGAACUCCUUCGGGAAAGCUGACAGCUACGGGUUUCCAACAUCUGGCGACUUUUCAUCCGAGCAUCAUCAGCAUCAGCAUCAGAGUCAGCAUCAUCAGGUGGAUAUGAAGGAUCUGCUGGACUCGCUGUCCAACCCUGACAUGGAGUUCAAGGUGGAAGCCGGGAUUAAGCAGGAGCAAGGCUUCGGGGACGCUUGUGGCCAGAGUUUUGGUGCGCCUGCGUUUAACUACUCCGUCAUGGACGCACCAUCAAACAGCCUCCUGAAACCGGGUGUGUUCCCGAGCUUCCAGCCCAUCCCUGCUCCGGGACAGUGCGAGCCUCCGACCUACGCCACCUCCACCAUCGACUCGCUCCUGUACUCCACUCUGCUUCCCCCGGAGCCGUUGGCACCGAGCCGCGCGCGCGCCCCGAAGCGUAAGAACGGCGCUUCCGCCUCGGCUGCUUCUUCUUCCUCCUCCACCACCACCACCAAGGAGAAGCCCUUCACGUGUCCCAUGGGUUCCUGCGACCGGCGCUUUUCUCGCUCGGACGAGCUCAACCGGCACAUCCGCAUCCACACGGGCCACAAGCCGUUCCGGUGCCGCGUGUGCGCGCGCAGCUUCAGCCGCAGCGACCACCUCACCACGCACACGCGCACGCACACCGGCGAGAAGCCGUUCGCGUGCGACGUGUGCGGGAAGAGGUUUGCGCGCAGCGACGAGCGCAAGCGGCACGGCCGUGUGCACCUCCGGCACAAGGAGAAGACGCAGGAGCUCGGCUCGUGGCCCUUCGUCCUCCCGGAGGCCAUCUGAGG